AUGGCUGGCUCAAAACAAAAGAAGAGAUUGACCACGAAUGCAAUAAUUUUGAGGAAUCACUACAUUGCUGUUGGUGUUGUUAAUAUCAUUUAUCUUGCAUAUAUUGCCUUUUAUUACGAUACUUUUUCAACAUUUAAAUGGAUUGGAUACAUUUCUCUAUUGUUGGGAUAUUUCUUUUGUCUGAAAUCCAUUACAAAUUAUGCAAAACCUGUUGAAUCCAUAAACCCAGAAAAUGGACAACGAACUCUCAUCGAUGUUAAUGAUUUGAGUGAUGUUUCUGGAUCACUCACUGAAUACAUGUUUGAUAUUAUUUAUUUGGAAUGUUUCGUACAAUUGGCAUCCAUCAUUUCAGGAUGGUUUUAUUUGAUAUUAUUAAUCAUUCCAGCCUUUGCAAUUUACAAACUCUAUUUCUCUAUUAUUCAACCUUUCUUGCAAAGUAGAUCCAUGAUGGGACAAUUAGGAGCGAAUCAACAGUCUUCAGAAGCCUCUGACAUUUCCGAAAAGAAGAGAAAAAAGUUGGAGAGACAAGAAAAGAGGCAACAACAACAAAUGCAAAGAAUGAGAAUACGCCCACAACAAGCGAGCGGUGAUGAGGAUGAAGAUUAA